AUGCUCGGCGUUAUCCCUGCCUUUGCGAGCUCCACCUCCUCGGCAAAUGUGGUGGAUCAACAAAAAGCCUGCCGCCUCUCUAAACUUCGAGAGGAGCACGCCAGCCUCUCCUCCCUGGCUAGAAUGCUCAUCUUUGAUCGGCUGGACGCGCUGUACGAGCAAACGGAGUCUCCUUCCGCGGUAAAGGCAACCUUUCCGGAUGCCGCCGUCGCCUGCGUCAAUGGCGGAACCGUCGCGUAA